GGAUCAGUAAGCACCGGGGACGAACCAGCAGCUAUCUGACUUGCUGCGGAGCCUCUGCAUCAUCAGCGGUCACCGUGGCAACCGUCACAAAGCCGCGAGCGCGUUCACGAGGGGACCGUGGCUUCAGAAGAAUCUCAGGAGAUCCUUUAGGUUUUUUACUUUUCCAUUUGUUUAUUUUUUUAUUUUUAACCAAAAAUCGUAAAGACAGCUGCGGUGUUGAUCCAAACACAACGGAGCCCGCAGCGUAAUAUCCGGUCCGCGCGCGCUCGACUCGGAGCGAGAUGACGGACACAGGAAGUGAUCGAGAGCGGAUCAAUGGAGGUGAUUAGAAAUGUUAAACCAGAGGGUCGCUUUAACAACUGAGCGCGGUUCUGAUGGGGUUCUGGUCCAGGAUCGAUCGGGGUUCUGGCUCGUGUAGCUCUGCGGUUCUGAUCCAGGAUCUUUGCAUCAGCUCAGUCUGGUUUAUGGGUCUGAUCCAGAUCUGUUUCUUUUGUUUUUGUUCUGAUUCAUUUUGAACUGACUGCACCAUCUGCUGAAAUAUUUGAGCUGCUCUGCAGAUGAUCCAGCACAUCUGGACCGGGUCCACACGAAGCCACCAGUUGAAUGAAAACCGGUUCUGGGGGAUUCUGUGUGAUUUGCAUCUAAAUGUGGGAACAUCUAUAUUUUAUGAGGACUCCUGCGGAUUGAUCGCAGCGCCAGUCCAUGACCUCUCCAUCCGGAAGCUGCUGCCAGGAGACGAAGGUCAGCAGCAGCAGCAGGAGGAGGAUGAUGAUGAUGGAGCCCGGACCGAUAUCAAUAAUUGAUCAGCAGCUGCAGAACUAACUAAGAGCUGAUGGGAACCAGUUUGGCUGCAGAAACCCAAUGGAUUUACCUGUUAGCGUGGCCCUACAGUCCAGAACCAACUACACAGCCGACUCUGUGGGUCCGAGUAUUACCGCCUCACCUGUGGAACCCAGGGUCGUUUCCAUAGUAACCGGCCUGGUGACGGCCACCACGCAGACUGUUGUGGGAACGUCGGGAAACCUGUCGGCCCUCCGGGAGCAGAGGGACACCGACUUCGGCGAGGUCCAGCCGCCGUCGACCACGGCGGUUCUGAGCGCCGUGGUCGCCGGGAACUCGGCUCUUCAGGGCGUGGCGGUCGCGGCUCAGGCUCUGGUACUGCUCUUCAUCUUCCUCCUGUCCAGUCUGGGUAACUUGGCGGUGGUCGUAGUCAUCAUCAAACACAGACAGCUGCGAACGGUGACCAACGCCUUCAUCAUGUCGCUGUCGCUGUCGGACUUCCUAACAGCUGUGCUAUGCCUCCCCUUCUCCUUCAUCAUGCUCUUCAGCAAAGAUGGCGUCUGGAUGUUCGGCGAUGCCUUCUGCGUGGCCAACGGCUUCUUCAACACCUGCUUCGGGAUUAUCUCUACGCUCACCAUGACGCUGAUCUCCUUUGACAGGUACUACGCCAUCGUCCGGCAGCCUCAGGCGAAGAUCGGGCGCCAGAAAGCCACCCAGCUGCUGGCGGCUGUGUGGCUAACUGCGGUGGUUUUCUCGCUACCCGGGUACCUGCUGGUCCGAACCACAUCAGGAGUUCAUAAGCGGGGGUUCUACCACUGCAUGUACGUCUUCCACCCUGGAGGUUCCGGCGUAGGGACUGCAUACAGCAUCUGCCUGAUCGUUGUGUGCUACCUGCUGCCGUUCUCCCUCAUGUGCUUCUGCCACUACAACAUCUGUAAAACGGUCCGGCUCUCCGAGAUCCGGGUUCGGCCCGUCACCACCUAUGCCUACCUGCUGCGCUUCUACAGCGAGAUGAGAACAGCCACCACGGUUCUGAUCAUGAUCGUGUUCAUCAUCUGCUGCUGGGGGCCGUACUGCCUGAUGGGCCUGGUUACGGCCAUCUGGAACUACAGGUUCAACCCGGCCAUGGACACGGUCGCCAUCUUGAUGGCGUGGGCCAACGGCGCCAUCAAUCCCCUGAUCUACGCCCUGAGGAACCCCAACAUCGGCAUGUUGUUGGGCCGCAGCCGACAGGAGGGCUACCGGACCAGAAACAUUGCCGCCUACCUGUCCAGCCAGACCCGGAACCGAGAGGUCCGGCUAAACCAGGCGGAGAGGAUCAGGGACCGCUAUGUGAGCCGAGCCGGGCCCAACAACAGCCGGCUGUCGAGUUCCAGUCCGGGAAAAACGGGAGUGGUCGCAGCAGGAGGAGAGGUGGCCAUGUGGGCCUGCAAGAACCCGGCCGUGUUCUUCUGCAGGGACGCCCGGCACGACACAACACCGCUGCCAAACACUGGGAGGGAGAUGAAGACAAAGACAGCCGAUACCAGCCUGUGACCGGGUCAGAAAAAUUCUGGCUUAAAUUUAAUCUAUGUAACUUUUAUAAAAAAAAACCAUUUAUUUUACCAUGUUGUUAUAGUAUAGUAUGAGACAGAUAAUCUGAAAUAAUGAAGUUCCUCUACUUUCUCUAAGUGCUAACUAAAAACAACCAAUCAGAGCUAGGAGGCGGGUCUUAGCGCUGUCAAUCAUACAAGUGUAUGCCGCUCACUCCCCUUUGCCCUCUAUUACAAUACAGUUUCUUCUUUGUAGUAAAUACUAAUCCUAAUUAGCAUGGCUACAGAUAAUGGUACGUUAUUUUUCCAAUAUUAGCGUGUUCAUGUGUUGAUUGACAGUGCUAACACCCGCCUCCUGGCUCUGAUUGGUUGUUUUUGGUGGUGCAUUAGUUCAGAAAGCAGUAGUAGCUCAGGGAGGAGGUCGAUAUUUUCACAGAUUAUCUGUCUCUAAACAAACUGUCACAACAUGGUGACAGUUUUAACAGAUAUGUAAAAAACAUAUUUCUUUCAUGAGAGUUACAUACAGCAGCUUUAAGGACAAUCUGAGCCGUUCAUGACUUGACUUUUGAUCUUUUGCAUUGAUUUAAGCAGCUUUUUUACAACAAUUUUAAGAAUAUUUGUGUAAAUGAUUUAUCUGGAAAAGGACUCUGGACCUCUCUUCUCUACAAUUUGCCAAACAUGCUGAGUUUUUUCCCAUCUUUUUUCUUCAGAAAACUAAACAUCUGAAGUUGCUUUGAAUGACUUUAGUGCCCAUAAACAACACAAACAAUCUCAUUGGUUAGCCUAAAUCAAAUCAAUCUCCUAAUUAAUCAAUACCUUUUUUGUUCAUCUGAAGCAUGCACUCAUAAAGAAAUAUAGUUUUGUGUUAUCUUAUGAUUAAUGUUUCCUAAAAGAAUCUACAGGUUUAAUGGUGACUGCAGAUUAAAACAAAAAACUAUGUGAUCAAAUUAAUAUUAAACCUGCUUUCAAUCUAAAACAUGAACAGUAAAAGAGUUAAAGGAAAAAUGUUUUCAGAUGUGAAGAGGAAGGUUAAUUAUAUAUAUAAUUAGAAAUUUGGGAUUCAUUUUACUUUAAGGGUUAUGGUUCCUUAGUGGACUAAACCAGUUCCCUUCCUGGAUUAUUAUUCUUGAAAGCUGUGCCUUCACCUGGAUCUGCCGAUAAACAGAGAUUUUUGGGGGAGCUGCAUCAAAUUAUUCAAUUAUUCAUGAAUUGAAAUGGGUGCCUGAAGUCAAAGUUACCAGUUUUCCCUCUCUGAUGUUGGAAAGUUUCACAGAUUUAGGAAUCUACCCUCAACAUUAAAGCUGAAACAGGUGUUACUUUGCAUAAUUAAAGAAUUUUAAACAUUUCAAAACAUAUUUUUACAGAACAAGCAUUCAAUAUUUAACCAUUUGAAAGUAUUUUAGUAAAAAUGAACUAAGAUUAACUUUUACGAUACAUUGUUUUGUCUCACACAACUAACUUUUGUCAUUGAAUUUGUGACUUUAAAAGAUUUCCAAUAAAGAUUUUUAAAAGAU